CGCGUCCCCAGUCCAUGCGGACGACUUCGUCUCUAGAAACAGCAAUACUUCACUGCAGCAAACAGACAUUAUGCCUUCAGCGAUAGCAUCGAACCCUCAGGCGGGUUCUGCACAGCCAGAUGAGUUGGACCGACUUUUCAACGACGACCAAGCGAUCGAGGAAUUCUUCAACGAUUUGCCUCGAAACGUCAAGGACAACAACACGGAACGCGAGCAGACGCGAGAUGAAGACCAGGAAGUACAAGUGAAGAAGAAGAGGACUCCUAUCCCAAAAUUGGAUGAGAAUAGAUUAUUGUCAGAUGCAGGAAUACCCAAGCUUCGCAAGAUCACGAAGUCAAGGCUAAAAUUUCGCGGCAAAGGACAUGAGUUCACUGACAUUUCGAAUCUGUUGAACACUUAUCAACUAUGGCUGGAUGACCUUUACCCACGGGCCAAAUUUCGAGAUGCUGUCAAGAUGGUCGAAAAGGUUGGCCACAGCAAGCGGAUGCAGGUAACGAGAAGGGCGUGGUUGGACGACACGAAACCAUACCGCAAGGAACUUACGCCACCGCCAGAAUUGCCAGUCUCUGAAACAACAGCUGGAGGUGCUGCGAGCAGACAUGCGGUCGAUGAUGAACCUGGAGCAGACGAGCUCGAUGCACUUAUGGCCGACGCUGCGGAUACAUCGAUGGCUCAGCGACAAGUGUCGAGAGUGUCCGGUCCUUUCGAGGAAGAGUCAGACGAAGAUGAGCUUGAUGCAUUACUUGCCAACCACGAGACCACUACCAAGCCGCCGCUGCAGCAGAAACUGUCCCGCCCUAUGCCAUUUGAGAAUGAGCCCGAUGACGAUGAACUAGACGCUUUGCUGGCGGCAGAGACGACCGGCUCUGCCAGACCCAGCAAGACAGCAGCGACUGCCGAGCCGCAGGGCGAAAAUGACUUCGCCGACGACGAGGAAGCAAUGAGGGACAUGUGGUAAAUCAGUGGGACCAUUCUCUGCACUAGCUUGAGUUCGUUGGUCUCAAAGAUGAAUGGCACAACAUCUCACGCCACCUCAUGCCAAGAGGGCCGAUAUUGCA